AUGCUCGAAAGCAUGAGGAAGGAAGCACCACUGUGGAAGAACAGCACUUUGGCCACACUUUCACGUGGGAGGUACGUUGCUGAGAUCUUCGAAGAUACCGAGAAGUUGCUGGAGAUGAGAGAUGCUGCAGACGGCCAUGAUGUGUAUCUCUUUCCCGAUGAGACCAGGGUGAGACACGCCGCAGAGUCGCCAAGCGAGCCGCACCAGGACAGAUCUUCUUUGGCGACAACGCUUGGCAGCGGCAGCGUAGAGAGCUAUCCUAUGCUGCCCAUGAGCCCUUCAUUCGCGCCAUUGAAGAUAAUCGACAACGAUGAUGCGUACAGGGAGCCCAGUGCUACUGAUGGGGCGGAAGGUGCCCUUUUAAGGGUGGCUAGAGCGCCUUCGCGACAUUGA